ACUACACUACACACACAGCUACACACAUGCACACAGCUAGUCGUGACUCUGCGUCGAUCAAUUCAUGUUGACAGAUGACAGCAGCUCAAGCUUUGCCAGUGGCGUGAUAUCGGAUAUCACUGCAAAACCCACAACAACUCUCCUGUCACAGGACCUCGACGCUCUGCUGUGAGACUUCAUCAUGGGCGGCAGAUUGUCCAAACCCAAAGGGCCUGAUGGUAUGAGCGAGGCGUCCAAGCCCACGUCGGCCAACGCAGCCGCCCGCCUUUCGCGGAAUAGAGGCAUCGUAAAUGGCCGUACAAUCAUGGCACCCCUUGCUGCCCUUACUAUGGCCGCGCUCCUCUUCGUCUAUACCCGAACGUCGAUACGUGCGGCGAAACUCAACGCUCAGAAACACCGCGAAGCAGACGGGGGACAGAUAAGCUGGCACAAGGAGAGCAUGAGGCGACAUGGGCAUAUGGAGAAGGUCGAGGAUGAUCGAGGGACGCUGAAGGAAGCCCUCAUGGGGGAUAUCAGGAGGAAAAGGCCGAACGUCGACGAAAGUGAGAAGACGCCGCCUUUGGAGAGAUCAGACAAUGAUCAGGAAUUACGGAAGAUGAUGGGGAGAAAAGAUUGAAGUCUUGGUAUGCCGAAUGCGUUUUCCCAGCUUAGCUGUAUAUAAUAGCCAAUAGCGGCUUAGUAGGUCGUUAUGGUUCAAGAAUCCAAAGU